AUGUCAACAAGUAAAAUUGAAGAAAUCUAUCAACAUAUUAAUAAAAUAAAUGAAAAAAUUCCUUUACAACAAGAAGAGAUGGUUAUAAUUAUUGGUGACACAGGAGAAGGGAAAAGUUCUCUCUUAAACUAUUUAGCUGAAGUUCCCCUGUUUGGUAAAAAGGGAAAAGGUUUUGGUAGGUUUGUUAUUUAUGCUGAAGAUCCUCUAGGAGAUAGUGAGAUUACCAAUGGAAGUGUUUCAAAAACUUCUUUGCCAUCAGGUUGGAAAGAGUAUUGGGAUUGUCCUGGUUUUGGGGAUACACGUGGUGAGGUCCAGGAUAUUGUAAAUGCCUAUUCAAUUUACAAGUUAAUCAAGAGUGCAAAGAAAAUAAAGGUUUUGGUCACUGUUUCUGAGACUACAAUUACAGGGUCAAGGAGUAGGAGCUUCUUAAAUCUUAUUCAUAAUGUAGGAGAAACUUUUAAAAACAUGGAUGAGAAUAAGUUAGUUCAAGGGUUAUGUCUGGUAGUAACAAAAAAUGAGACUCUUAACUUGAAGAAAAUGAGAAGUGGCUUGCUUGAGAUUCUUGAGGAACAGGAUGGCCAAGAAAAUUUCAGUCUAACUCAAAAAAAAAUACUUGGUUCUUUAUCUUCCCCUGAAAGUCAAAUUGUUUUUUUCAAUGCACCUACAGAAGAAGGUCUUAUUUCUGGUGAGGGUAGAUCUCAAAUCUUGGAAGGUAUAAAAAAGAUUCCUUAUUUGGAAAAACCAGAGCCUAGUAUUUCUAUUGCUCCUGAGUCAAAAAAUCUUAUCAAAGGUCUAGCAGAUAAGCUUAAUGAUGACAUAGAAAAUUUUAUGAUACAUAAAUUUUAUCCAGGAAUUCUAGACUACCUUGAUAAAUUAAUAGACAAUCAUUCAGGCACAGUUAAAGAAUUGAGAGAGUCUCAGUCUUUAAAGUACUUUUGUGAUCAAUUGAACAAAAUAUCUAAUGAACCACAACAGUUUGAAAAUAAUCUUUGUCAAAUUUCCUCAAUCACUAAACUCUUCCAAAGAAAAGAACUUGAAGAGGAAUUUGAUAAAAAAAUUUUACAAUUAAAAUUCAUUAAGCUUAUUAAACCAGAAUCACUUGAAAUUAAAGACAAUACUAGUAGCUGGUAUCAGGACAUAGGUAUGCUAACAUCUCCACCUGAAAAAUAUCAACAAGAAUACAAGUUAACUUUCAAAGGCCUAAUUAUUGGAGCUGAGGAUAUUAAUGAUGCUAUGGAAGGUCAAGAACUAUCUGAAAUAAAUGUGUAUAGCUUGAAUAGUUUAUUUAUUGAUGAAGAUAUAAUUGCACCAGGAGUUAAUUUGACAUUAAUGUCUCCCAAUUGGUAUGUUGUAGGCAAAAGAAAAAUUAGUUUAAAAGGUAAACCUGGUGCUCAGCACCAACCAAGUAAAGGAAUUGAUGAAAAAGAUAUAAAUAAAGAACUAAUUGAUCAAAACGAUGAAAAUAGUGAACCAAUUGAUGAAAACGAUGGAAAUAGUGAACCAAUUGAUGAAAACGAUGGAAAUAGUGAACCAAUUGAUGAAAGAGAUGGAGAAGAUGGAUUACCUGGGUUGCCUGGAUUGCCUGGUAAAAAUGGAGGGGAUUUCUAUGCCAAAGGAAAAAAAUUUUUCAAUCUUUCUUCCUUAACUAUUGAUGUUAGUGGUGGAGAUGGUGGACAAGGUCAAGAUGGUGGUAAUGGUGGCAAUGGACUGGAUGGUUCACAUAUUGGAAAAGAAAUUGUAGAAAGUAGAGAUAAAUCUGCUCUUGAUUCAAGGAUAAAAGUAAUAGAAGACAUCAUAGUAAAGGGGUUUAAAUUUCUUUUCACCUUUAAUAAUAUAUUUAAAGAAACAUUUGUAAGUUAUGAUCCAGGACAUAAAGGAGGAAAUGGUGGACAAGGAGGGGAAGGAGGCUUUGAAGGGAACCCUGGCUUUGUAGUCAUUGAUAGUCCAUUUCAAUUAUCUGGAACUCCGGCUAUUUCUAAAGUAGAGAGUAAGAAAGGUGUAAAUGGGACAGGAGGGGAACCAGGUGAAGGUGGUGAAAAUGUAAAAUAUCGUGGGGUAUACAUUAAUGAAAUGGUAAUUCCUGAGAUUAGAGGGUGUAAUGAAUUUGGUAUUAUUGCUGAAGCGACAGCUAAGGAACUGAUUUUACAACAAUCAGCCCAAAUAACUAUGAAGGAGGGGGCAAAGCAAUUAGUCUCAAAGGGGUGGUGGUGGCAAAAUCCAUUCGUUAUAACAGAAGGUAGUAAGAUAGCAAUGCAAGAGGCAUCUAAAGGCACUCUUAAAAUUGUUUCUCAAGAGACAGCUGAAAAAAUAGCAAAAGAAGGAGGCAAAGUUGUAGUAAAAAAAGUUUUAAAAAUAGGUGCUACUGAAUCAGGUAAACAUGUUGUAAAAGUUGGUGCUUCUACUGGUGCUUCUCUGAUCAAAGGUAUGGGCAUAGGCUUAAUAUUCCAAGCAGCAUUAUCUUCAGUAAGUGCGCAUUUAUCAAGUGGUUGGGAAGAAGAGGCACACAAAGUAGAUUGUGGAUAUGCUCAUAAUGGAGAAACACCCAACUCAUUUAAUGACCAAGAUAUUCAAAGACCUUCUGAUCAUCUCGAACCUUCCAUAAACAAAGAAGAGAAAAAUGUUUGUUAUAAUGAUUUUUAUGCUCAGAGAAAAAAUGAUCAUCUUCUUCUUGAUGGUUCAUUAAAAUCGGCAUUACAUUCUACCACUGAAAAAGAAACAGAAUUAAAUUGGAAUUAA